UCCUACUUCAAAACUACCGAAAGUGAAAUUUGCACAUCAUGGUGUCGCUCGGUGCACCGCGCGUCGCGUCAAUAUGACUUAAUGAUUGCAAUGAACUGCUUAUUUGCGUCAAAAGGACACAGGGUGUUCAAAGACGUGUAGUGUGCCUCGAGGAUGGCCAAUGUCGGCACGGCGUCGACCCUCUCAGGCACUGCGGUAGUCCUGCGUCAUAAAUCAGCUGAGCUACCGGCAAAGGGCUCGCGCUUGUGACGUCUCUUACGGAUCGCGUGCCGCUUGUCGGCGGCGCGAUGGCGUCCACUAUGCAACUUGAAUUUACUCAGGCGAUGAACGACUUCAAAACGAUGUUUCCUGAUAUGGACGAUGAUGUCAUCGAGGCUGUUCUUCGGGCAAACCAAGGCGCCGUAGACGCCACCAUUGACCAGCUUUUAGCAAUGAGCACCGAUAACCAAAACGAACUGCUAAGACUAGAAAUGGAACGCGUCGAAAGCAAUACACCGUCUAAACGCAAAGAUCGACGGAACACUCGCCCGGCUGAUGAGUGCGACGACGACGAUACUGCGGCAUUGGUAAACGUUGAGGACGAGUCAGUCCCUCUUGCAGUUCGCAAAAGAUGGAUUCCCCGAAUGUUGGGUCCACUACCACCUAUGUUUCUACGAAUUCCACCAGCCACAGAUGCUCGGAUUGAUCUUAGUUUGGAGAUGGAUGACGAUCGAAUCGCCACCUUCUUACAAAAUGAAGAGUUUAUGGCCGAAUUGCGUUGGAACCAGGAAUUCAUGGCAGCUCUAGACAGCGAACAAGGACAUAAAACUAAAAGUCAUGACGAUGAAGCCGCUUUCAAAGAAAGACUCAAGAAUAUGGGUAAAUUAUCUAGAAAAAAAUUCGCACAGUUAUCACGAAUGUUCACACGCGGUGGUUCACGCCGGGCAGGUGGCGCUAAAGCACCAUCACGUGGGCCACCUGACAGCUUGCUUCUACAAGAGGAACACAGCGACGACGAGGACCGCCUACAGCACAACAAAAACAAAUAGAUAACGUCUCUAACAACCGCUGAAGAAUGUUGUUGUGAAACCUUACGACGCGGAUCCCGGAAAGUUACGGAUAAGACUGGAAUGCAUUGACCUGUUUGUAAAUAAUAAAAUUUGGGAUAAGAUUGUUCUUGUUUGAUGGAAUUUUGUAAGGAAGGAGUAAAUAUAGAUUUAUGAUGAAGGGACACGUUUCAAAAAAAUGUUGACACUUGAUUGUACAUUGCAAAGCAGCUCUAAGUUCCCUAGAUAAUGAUAAUUUCUUAGACAUAUAAUAGAGACCAUAAUCUACAUAUAUAGAUAGAUAGACUGCUAAACUAUUGACAAUUUGAUAUCUGAAUAGGUAAAUUUAGAUUAAUAUCACAAUUUCCACAAUAGUAGAAAGAAAUGGCGUUAACAGUUUUAAGCCGUUUCACACAACUAUUACUUGUUUUUAUAUCAAUGUUUACAAAAAAAAACGUGUGCUUUGGUGCUUGCAAAAUUAUUGAAUCUGAUAAGCAAAAGAUUGUGGUGUAACUAUUGAACUAUUACUUCGUUGUGUUCUGUUAAAUUUUAUUUCUUCAAUUUUCUUACAUCAUUCCUGUGUUGACCGAACGGUUGUCCAUAAGCGACAUCUCGUACCGAGGUGUGCGCCCAUUUUAAAUUUUAUUUUAAGUUUAAAAUGUUUUUUUUUUUUAAAAGCAAUAAAAUGUAAUCAACUGGAUCUUAAAACAAAUAAACGAAAUUGUC